AGGAGGAGUUUGGCGGGGGGCAGCGCCGGUUUAAGAGGCGGCGAGCCCCCAGCCGUGCCGUUCCGUGCUGUGCCGUGCUGGCGGGAUGGAGGAGCGCUACAGCAAGGCUGAGACCCUCGCCCUGCGGAGGAAGCACAUCGGACCUUCCUGCAAGGUUUUCUUUGCCAAGGACCCUCUGAAGAUAGUGCGUGCUCAGGGCCAAUAUAUGUUUGAUGAGAAAGGAGAAAAAUACUUAGACUGUAUCAACAAUGUUGCACAUGUUGGCCACAGUCAUCCAUAUGUGAUAAAGGCUGCAACAAAACAGAUGGAACUGCUCAAUACAAAUUCCCGGUUCCUGCAUGACAACCUUGUGCAGUACGCACAGCGUCUCACAGCCACCCUGCCCGAGAAACUCUCUGUUUGCUAUUUUGUUAAUUCUGGGUCUGAAGCAAAUGAUCUUGCUUUACGACUGGCUCGGCAGUACCAUGGGCACCAAGAUGUGAUCACUCUUGAAAAUGCUUACCAUGGCCAUGUUACAUCUCUGAUUGACAUCAGUCCCUAUAAAUUUAAUCAGCUGGGAAAGGACAGCAAGAAGGACUUUGUCCAUGUGGCUCCUUCUCCAGAUAUCUACAGAGGGAAAUACAGAGAGGACCACCCAGAUCCAGCAAGUGCUUAUGCUGAAGAGGUGAAAAAGAUUAUUGAAGAAACACAGAAGAAUGGACGGAAGAUUGCUGCCUUCAUAGCUGAAUCCAUGCAGAGCUGUGGAGGCCAAGUAAUUCCACCUGUGGGCUACUUCCAGAAAGUGGCAGAGUAUGUGCAUGCAGUGGGUGGAGUGUUCAUAGCUGAUGAGGUCCAGGUUGGCUUUGGCAGAGUUGGGAAGCAUUUUUGGGCGUUUCAGCUGCAAGGUGAAGACUUUGUGCCUGACAUUGUCACCAUGGGAAAACCCAUUGGCAAUGGCCACCCUAUGUCUUGUGUGGUCACAACAAGGGAAAUCGCUGAAAGUUUUGGUGCUUCUGGAAUGGAGUAUUUCAAUACAUUUGGAGGCAAUCCAGUGUCUUGUGCUAUUGGUUUGGCUGUGCUGGAGGUAAUAGAACAAGAAGAUCUCCAAGGAAAUGCUACACGUGUAGGAAAUUAUCUCCUGGAGUUGCUGGCUGAGCAAAAGGAGAAACAUCCCUUAGUGGGAGAUAUCAGGGGUGUUGGAUUGUUUGUUGGAGUGGAUCUGGUGAAAGAUCAACAAAAGAGAACACCAGCCACAGCUGAAGCUCUUCACCUUAUUUACAAGCUGAAGGAGCAUCAAAUCCUUCUUAGUGCAGAUGGACCCCACAGAAAUAUACUAAAAUUUAAACCACCAAUGUGUUUCACAAUGGAAGAUGCAAAACACGUAGUGGAGACAAUUGAUGCACUUCUCACAGAAAUUGAAGAGGCCACUGGAAUGAAGAUAGAAAAUAAUGCAUCUGCAAAUGCACAGUAUAAAAGAAAAACAACUGAAGGGAGUUCUCAAUCAGAAGGUGCAAAUGAAAGCAUCAGCCAUAUGAAUGGAGCUGCCUGCAGACAAGAAAAUGGCCUUUAUUCUAAAAAAUGCUCACUGCCAAGUGAAACAAUAAGAACAUGAAGAAGGAAAAUUUCCUCAUUCAGUUUGAAUUUGUGUCCGGAUUGCUUUUGAGAAGAAGAGUGCAGUAGUCAGAGUCCUGUGAUCUGUUUGAAGCCUAGUCCUACCUUCCAUAAGCUGAUUGAAUUCCUAUUAGCUUCAGUAGGAGUUUAAAAUACUUUUUCAAAGAAAGACAUGAACGACAACUGCACCAUGUGGCUUGAAAUCUAGAUGUGACAGAAUGGACAAGUGAUACAUAAAUACCUUGGUGCUGAUGGCAGGUUUGGCAUAGGUACACAAACUCAGUGAAAUCUGUUCAUUUACCUGUGUUACACAGAAUCUGAAUUGCUUAACCAUACAAGCAAAUGCCAGUCCUAUUAAAGUUUAAAAUUAUAUGCUUAACUUGCUAUUUUAACAAUAUUUUAAAUUUCAAUAUUUAAUAUUGAGAUGUUAAUUACUUCCCAUGUUUUAAUGGCUGAAUUCACAAAACAAUGCUUGAGAGAGAAAUCACUGUUAUCUUCCAGUGUAACCCUAGGUCCUAUGGACCAUAUUCCCAGCUAAUGUAAAUUGGUGUAGCCUUGUUAAUGUCAACAAUGUUCUAUCAAGAGUCUACCACUGUGUGUGUAGAGACAUGAUGUUUAUGCAGGGUGUUCUCACUUUAUGUGCAAAGAAAAUUAUGAAUCUGGAUCCUAAUUUUCUAUGGAUAAAGCAACUUUUGUAAAGAUAACUAUUUAUAUAGAGUAAGAAUUUUUCUUUUUUUUCAUUUUUUUUUUUUUACCAGAAAGUUUAUAUGUUGAACCCUCUCAGUCCAAAAUAUAUGCAAGUAGAAUA